AUCUGCCUGAGUCUGUGCACUCCUAUCACACACUCAUUCCUGACAGCUUUGGUAUGGUUGCUACGGCUCUCCUGGCUGUAUCAGCCGUUGCUUCCGCCGCCGCUGCUUCCAAUGCUGCAGGAGGCGUUGUGGCGGGGGCGGGGUUGCCUGCGUUUGCGUCCCCCUCCACGGUCGACGUCGGCCGUACCCUAGGCAGUAGGGCAACAGCAGCAGCAGCAGGGGCUGCUGGUGGCAAGACUACCUGGCGUCAUGCCGAGGACCUCUCCCGUGGGGUUGUCCGACGGCGAUGGGUGUCUAUGGAAAAACAACAGCAGCAGAACGGAGAGGCUGUGGUGGGGGGUGGCCGACGCUCUUUGCGUCUAAUGGCAGAGGCGACAGGUGUGGCGUUCGGUGGCGACGGUCGAGCGAUGGACCGAGCGGCACAGGCUGAAUCGAAGUACCGAGAGGCUUUGGAGGAGGCGUUGCGGGCGGCCAGGGAGCACGGGGACUUUUCGCCUCAGGCGGUAGCGGCUUGGGACGUUGUCGACGAGAUCGAGGCGUCGAAUAACUCGAUCGCGUGGAGGCCGGCCCUGGACCAGGCCUGCUCUGUAGCUGGAGAAGGGGAUGAUAUGGAGCUGUGCAUGGAGUACAACAAGGACUUGGACCGCCUUAAGGAGAUUUUGGAGCCAUCCCACGCGGCUGAGGAGGAAGAGCAGGAGAGAUUUACAAUCGAAGAGAUCGUACCGGUUCCGGUGCCGAACCUCAAAACCAAAUUCAAGCCUUCAGGGGUUGCCAACCUGGAUAUCGCUUCGGACAGCCUUGGGAAAGUUACACACUACACCAAGCUCAUAGGGGAAAAAGACAUCGUCUUAUACGACCACGUUCGAGGCCCCGGGAGGAUGCCGGCUGCGAAGGGCUUUCUCCGAGCGGGGCCACGGGCGUCGCUUCAUUUCAAGCCCGAGGAAGUCCGCGCCGCUGUGGUGACGUGCGGGGGACUGUGCCCAGGACUGAACAGCGUCAUCCACCACCUCGUGCUCACGCUCUUCAACAUCUACGGCGCCGAAAAGGUAUUCGGCAUUGUGGGAGGAUUCGCGGGAUUCUGGGACGAGAACCACCCCCCUAAAGAGAUGUCGGUAAAAGACGUUGAGCUCAUCCAGCACGAAGGUGGAUCCAUUCUCGGGUCUGCGCGUGGCGGCUUCGAUUUGGAUAAGAUUAUCGACUUCAUCAACAAGAAGAAGAUUAAUCAAUUGUACAUCAUUGGGGGAGACGGGACUCACCGCGGAGCAGUAAGGAUAGCGACGGAGUGCAUGGCAAGGGAUAUGAACGUGGCGGUAGCAGGCGUACCGAAGACCAUCGACAACGAUGUAGACAUUAUCGAUCGCUCUUUCGGGUUCCAGACAUCAGUCGAGGCUGCUCAGCAUGCCAUCGAAUCCGCUACCACAGAGGCCAGGUGUGCGAUACCCAACGGGGUCGGCGUGGUGAAGCUAAUGGGUCGAUCAUCGGGCUUCAUCGCAGCAAUGGCUACCCUCGCUUCCGGGGACGUGGACCUGUGCCUUGUGCCGGAGUGUGACAUUGUGCUUGACGGGCCCCGUGGCUGCUUGCCGCACAUCAUGAAGAGGGUGAAGGAGAAGGGCUAUGCCGUCGUGGUGGUGGCAGAAGGUGCCGGCGAGGAAAUUCUGGGAGAGACCGGCGAAACGGAUGCAACCGGUCACAAGAAGUUCCCUGAGAUCGGGCCGUUCAUGAAGACGUGCAUCGAAAAGUACUUUAGUGACCAAGGAGAAGUGUGCAACGUCAAGUACAUCGACCCGUCCUACAUGAUUCGGUCAGUCGCAGCUAACUCGUACGACCAGAUCUACUGCAUGCAGCUGGCUCAAAACGCCGUUCACGGCGCGAUGGCGGGCUACACGGCCUUCAGCGCAGGGAUGGUGAACGACCGCACGGUGUAUCUGCCCAUGGAGGAGCUCGUGGCAAACUCUCCCCGCAUCGUAAACCCCCUGGGUCGCACCUGGGAGAAUGUUCUCACCGUUACCAGACAGCCAAGCACCCUGGGCAGUAGAGCGACCGGCUAAAAGAAAUCCAAGUGUCUUCUAAUGGUCAACCGAACGGCAAGCUUCGAGACACGCUGCUUGUCAAGGGCACAUGCAACAGACCCUGUGAAAACUAGCAGCCGCGUGAGAACACGAGGUUAAGGGCGAUGGUUGGCUGUGGCAGGGUUUGGCUGGGUGAUUGAAGACGGGACAGGAACAGGGCACGGACGGCGGGACAAGCGAGACUCACCAAGUUGAAGGCAUCCCGUCAAGAGUUGUAUUGGAAGGACCCUCGUAAUGUGCUUACUUUCGAGAGCCGUUUCUUUUUUUUCCAGUGUUUUUGGAAGCGCGAGCGAUGCGGAGCGUGAAAGCUCUUCUUUCUGCACCACCCCAGCACACUCGUCCAACGCAAGGAAGACAAACGCGCGCGGGCUACUCUCUGCAGUACGAAGCACGUUGGUUCACUGCGCAGUUCCCCGUUGUUUCCUAGUGGUGGGGAUGGAUAAUUUCACAGGUUUCGUGCAGGCAUUCACAGGCCGGGUGUUGGGUGUCGGUCGGUAUCGUACGGAUGCCGGAUGCCGUUUCGUGUGCCGGCCAAGUGCUAGAACUAGUUUGCGUCCACGAUCACACCCGAGGUGCCCUCGAGCGGUCGCUACUCGCUACAUGAUGUAUUUUUUAAGGAGACAGACGUACGUACGUGUCGUCGUGUUGACUUUUUCAGAGACAUCGUAUGGCAAUCAUCGCCUCUCUUUUUCGCAGUCUUUGCUUUCCCCCCCGAUCGUUGCCGUUCGUACUUCUACACAAUAAUAUCAAAUAGUAGGUCCAUGUCUAUGUUGCUUUUGGUAAUAAAUACAUCAUGAUGAGAAGAAUAGAUACAGGUUGCACUCGCACUUCAGAAUUUAGAAGUCAAAAAAUAGAUGCGGCCUCGAAAAAAAAUCAAAAUUAAAGAAAUUGGCCAUCAGAACACGUGCUCAGUCCCGACGUGGUGUCAAGAACAAGAACCCGCCUUAUUGUGUUGUAACGAAGUGCUCACCGAUAAGAACAGAGUAGAGAAUAUCUACUAUGCUACAAGUCAGCGCUGACUUGUAGCAUAGUGGAUAUUCUCUACAUCUUAACAGUACAACCAACCGGGGUCUUUCAGCCUGUUGAAGCUGUUGGACCUCGGUAAACCCCAGGGUUGUAAUCCCUGUAAUCAGCGCUGCCCCACGCGGUUCAUCGACUUGCAGGCGGGAAUAUGUGUCUUCACUUGGACUACCGCCGUCUCUCAGUCGUAUCCCAGACUUUUCCGGAAAAAAGGCGUCACAAGUGGUCCACGAGGGAUUUGAACCCUGGUUGUACUUUUGUUAAGAUAUACAGCAUAUCUAUUAUGUACGCCACAAAUCAGAGCUGACUUUUAGCAUCUAUAUAGUGGAUAGUAUGCUGUACAUCUUUUGGAAAUGCCUACGCAUCUCCUCUCUUAGUCAAUGUUCGGUACUACUGCUUAUGUAAACGAAUGACGUAUGUGUUACCUAUGUAUCGAUUGGAACGUAGCGUAUGCGGAGGAACUAAGAGCUGUAGUCUGUAGCUCGUUCUGUCGUUCGGUGCACCUCACUCUUUGGGAUCUCUCUCUGUGUGACUUAUCGGACUGUCUGGGU